UACAUGGGACUUAUACGUACUGUCCAUACAGUAAGUACAUUUCUUUCUUUAAUUAUGUUUUGACCUGAUUGAUACAUACGAUGUAAACCUGGUUUUAUUUACUGGACCUUAGAUCAGCUCUAUGUUCCAAAUCUGAGCUCUGAUUUAUUUAUCCAAUAUUUGGGCUAUGAGUUUUAUUUAAUCACAGUAUUACUGAUGGUGUUAGUAUUUUACUGUGUCAUCCUGUCUAGCAUUGUAUAUGUGGAUGUAAAAUAUCUCUCUUUGUUAUCUAUUUAUUAUUAAUUGUUCACUAUGUUGCACUGUAAAUAUCAUUAAAUAAUAUUUUAUGUAUUGUUUUGAUUUAUACCACGUGUAAAAAGGUUUUAUUGGCAAAUUAAUAUUGUUGUUGGUGGUUUUCCAAUGUCCUUUUGAAGAACAAACAAACAAACACAAACGAGCUUGUCACACAUACUUCUAAAUGACUUUCAAGUUGAGUAAUGUUAAACAUUUCAGAGCCCUUAGUUCUGCACGGGUUAAACAUUAUGAAUGCUACUCUGUAAUACAUAAUGUCAGAUUGUACUAUGUAUCACAGAACAGCAAAUAGGAGCUCAUUGAUAGGUUACAUGGCAAAUGUUUAUGUUACAAACUCAUGUUUAACCCUUUAAGGACACAACUUCUGGAACAAAAGGGAAUCGUGACGGAAUAUUUCCUUCAUGUGUCCUUAAGGGGUUAAUUGAUAAAGUUUGCUUACUAACCAGAUUUAUUCAAAGACCUUAUAAACGUUAAUAUUUUGCCAUAGACUGAGCCCUAUGUGUGGGUACAGAGGUCUCAAUCUUCUCCUGUCAUCCUAUAUUUUGUUUGUUUUUACGCCAUAGUCUGUUUACCUCAGAACCUAUAUACAAUCUAGGUAUGUAUACAGCUUGUGGUGAGGAAGGGAAGAAGAAAUGGGAGGGUGGGAAUGAGGAGGAAGUUUAAAAGGAAACUCCUGGCAACAUACAGGAUUUAGGCAUUUUGUGGGUUAAGCCUCAGUUAGCCUUGUGUGUUUAUUUGGUGAAUGAAGUGCAUGUAUUUUUAAUUCAUUUCAUGAUUAGGAGUACUUGUAUAAAUGAUUUGCACAUCCUAUCAAUCCUUGCUGAGCAGAGAGUUAUGGGGGAUGCAUAUGUAAUCAAACUGAAUAAAGAGAGCCUAUUAACAACAUGAGAAAACUCCACAUCAAGGACUCUACAAUCUGAAGGUUUGCAGCAAACACAAGGUGAGCAUCUCUUUAUUUUAUAUGAUUCAAAAACAUUUUUUUGCUUAUUUAUGUAUUGUGUAUGUGAUGGAUUAAGAAAAGAAGAUGGAGCCAAGUCUUUAGAUCCAUGAAGUUAAUGUGAUGUGUUUUACCUGUGUGAAGAAAUAGGUAUAAUGUAAUGUUCAUGUACAAUGCAGAGAGUUUGACAGUAAAAUGGUGUUUCACUAGCAGCCAGUGUACUUUAUGUUCUUUAUAAUUAUUCUCACUUCUGGCUGCUGUGUUCUGUAUUGCAGUGAGCAAGACAAGUAAUGAACUUUCCGCAUUCUAUAGAUUUUCUGCUCAAAUUCCUCAGAGCUUGAAGAAUAGUGCCACGAUCUCUUUACUCUCUCCAGCAUGCCCACGUGGUGCUGUACCCAAAGCCAACUUCUCUUGCAGCAUGUUAGGCAUGUCCCACGCCGGACGCUGGAAUCACGCCCAUUUUAUUGACGCAAUCCAUACGUGCCAACGUCAUAACGUCGAUGACGGGGUCCCGCAUCAUCUGUACUGGCCCAGAACAUUUUGGAGGCAUGGCAUUAAAGCAAAAGACGCUCCCUUAUAAAAAGGGCCCCUUUUGCUUUGUUCAUUGCCCUUUUGUGGUUCCUUUUGUACCCUAUAUUACUACUUAAUAUUCUCUGUGACUACUAGGUUUAUUUUGUCGUUUGACUCGGUUUGGCUUUUGACUCUUCUGUUCUCCGGUCCCCUGACUCGGCUUGUAUCUUGACUUUUCUCCUUUCUGGUAUCCUGACCCGGCUAUUCCUGUAUUGCUCUACUGAUCUCUUGUAUCCAAACUUUUGGCUUUUCUACCUACGUUAAACCCGACCAUUCUAAGGUUCGGUAAUACGUUUUUAGGUUUUCUGUGGGUUUACAUACUGCGUGUUGGGUUUUUAUGCAACCGUGGUAUUUAGCUAUUCUGUAUGGGUACUUUCGGUGGCCUUGAAUUAGACUUUUCUGUGCACUAUUAUUAAAUGAUUUUCUUUCUUUUUUUUUGCUUGGAAACCCAUUCCUCUUCUAUGUAUUAAAACAAACGUAUUCAAUCGCAUUUCAAAUAUUCCCUUAGAUAUCAUUGUAUUAAACUACCUAAGAGUUUAAAUUGCUUUUGAAUUCUUUAUCCCCUAGUCCUCCGGUUUUUGAGAAGCUCAGUUGCCCAUCUGGUCUGUUUACUACAAACUUAAAAAUAAGAAAACCAGAUAUUUAUGACAUGUAUCUUUAGUAAAAGAGUGCCAAAAACUUGUGAUUUUGUCAACAGUGAUAUAGUCUUCAGCUCUUUUCACAUUUCUCUUUUGUACUACUGAAUGAUUUUGACAAAAAUGUCAGAUAGCAGUGGGAUGGCAAUUUAAAGUUUAACCUAUACAAUCUACUUAUAAUAUCCCAAUAGUAUUAUUAAUUAAUCAUACACCCUCCUUCUCUGUCAAUUACAUCACUGUAGUGAUUAUGGUGCCUUGAGUGCCCUUGCACCCCCCCAUUGUAAGUAGUCAAACCAUUUUAGAAAGGUUUAACUUUUUACCUGGGUUCACAGGCCUCCAUUUCUUCAGACAGUAGUUGCAAUCUAAGACUUAACUCUGCGGUUCCCAAACUAGUCCUAAUGCCUCUCCUACCAGUCCAGGAUACAUAGAUUACUCAGUUUUGUCCAAUGUGUUUUCUUUGUUUGUUUUUUCUAAAAACACCUUUGACAUAACUGGGUAAUCACUAAAUCCUGGAUUGGAAGUGGGUCAUGACCCACUGGCUUAACUCAUUGGCAGAGAGCAAUCAGCUGACGCUCUCAGCCCUUACCCAUGAGCCAUGGAAAAUAUGACAUUGCAUCUGGCCAAUUAUUUAAGCUGUCAGAUGAAGCUCCAUGUACAAGCGUCCAUCUCUUACCUACGGUAUAUUGUAAAUGUUUAUUUAUACCUUACCUCCAUUGCUUUCAGAUCUACAGUUAAAUUAGUUUUUUUCCCAAAUGUUCAUCACUGAAUUGUAAGUUGAGAGGUAAUUGUUACAUGUCCUUUCUAGUAUACCACUAAAAUGUUUUGUACAAAUUGUGGUCAAAAUAAAUAACUAUAAAAUGCAUUUAAUUUAAUUUUGUAUACCAUUCUAGCUUCUGCUUUGGUUAUGCCAUGGUUGGAUCUGUGUAGUACUUUUCAGACCCUUUUGGUGCUUUGAAAUUUUUUUUUUUAACCACUUAAGGACCUUAUGAUGGUCUAUGCCGUCUUGAAGUGCAGGGCUUCAACGCUCAUUGAUGGCAUAGACCAUCAUGCAGUAAAAAUACCAUCAGGGUUAAAUCAUUGGAUACCUGCGGGUCACCUCUGUUAGCUGUUGCCACAAUUAGUGGUCUCAGAAUGACGAUGAGUGAUACGUGCAGAGCUCUAUAGAUCCUUCUAAGCACCUCAGCUGAGUGAUCGCGCUGAGAGUAUUUCUGAAUGUACCCCAGGCUGCCAGCAGUUAAAAAUAGGGAGCGCCAAGUAUGUUUUGAUACUUGAGGGGCCCCUCUGCCAGCUGGGGCCACAUUUAGUGGUUACAGACUGACAGAUAAGCUGUGUGCAGCUCUCUAAGUGAGCUCUGUGCAUGGCCCUUGAGCAAUCGCACUUAGUGGGGGUGAUUUUAAAUUACCCCAGUAUCAUGGAGACCCCAGAGACUGAAAAAGACCAUAGCGAGGUCUUCCUGCAUGUCCCUGAGCUCUGUGAUUGGUGCUGAACUUUGUUAGCUGCCCAGCAAUGAUCACAGCUCCUGGAGCUUUAAUAUCAGAAGGAGCUCUGACAGAGUCCUCUGUGCUGUGUGCUGGUACAUGCCUCUGCUGGUGUCAGUACUGAUGUCAGCAGAGGGAAUCCAUCUGAGGCAGGAUUAGGGGCAGCAUUGUUAUUGAGGUCAGGAGCAGAAUACAAAGGUGGGAUGUUUGCAUUAGUGUGAAAAAAAAACACAAUUUAAUAUUUUGACCUAGAUUUGCAGUAAAAUGGUUAAAUUGAUAAAUGCUCUCAGUUACAUAGUUGGGGAUGUUGUUUCUACAAAUAUGUACUUUUGUGUAACUUUUUUAGUAUUUUUUUCCAUUUCUUUAAAUAUAUUAUUCCUAUUUAAUAUUGUGUUCUGUAUACAUAUGAGAAAUGGGGCUUUCUUUUGAUACCCUAUGUGUAAAUGAGAUCCUCAGUUCUUUAUGGAAAAAUAUAUAUGGGCCAACAUUUUAAACCACAAAAAACAUGAUAUAUAUAUAAAUAUAUUUCUUGUGGAUCUCAUUUAUUUGUAUAUUUCAUAAAAAAGGUUUAGGCAGUUGAACUAUAAGGUGGCAAACAUCUUGUGUGUAUAUUACAUUCAAAUCAUUUCUGUAUGAUGAAGAAAUGUAUUCAUGGAAUAUAUAAAUAGCCAUUAUUUUAGAAGAUUCUGAUUUAUCAAGCAGAAGGAAUAAUCACUCAUAUGUUUAAUGUCUAGGCUGGUGGAUUGUGGGGGCUCCUGUCCUGUGUCUCUGGAGACCUUUGUUACAUUCGGUGAGAUCGCACACUCCCAUAUUAAUACAUCAUCAUCAGAAUUUGCCAAGAGGAUAUAUAUCGUUGGUUUAAAAGUGGGAAUGACUCAUUUAGGAAUAAUCGCUGCCAAAUCGACAACAAUUUAG